CUGAGGAUAGGCGAUAAAGUGACCGCACCGGAUAAAGCGUCCGCGGCCAAGGAGACGGAAGCCGGGGCGGAAAUUUCGGCUUUGGUUAAUUAUGUGCAGCCCGUGCACUUCAACAGUUUCGAAUCGGCUGAAAAAAAGAAUCGCACGUAUGAGAUGUCGUCGUUCGACGAGAAACAAGCCACGACUCUCCUGAAGGAGAGGCCGCUGGAAUUUGUAAAUUACAAUAAGCAUCAACUGUCUAGGGUCUACCCGGCGGGGACGCGAUUCGAUUCCAGCAAUUUCAUGCCCCAAGUAUUUUGGAACGCAGGGUGCCAGCUGGUCGCGUUGAAUUACCAAACGCUCGAUCUGGCGAUGCAACUGAAUUUGGGAAUAUUCGAAUACAAUCAACGUUGUGGUUACCUGUUGAAACCGGAAUUCAUGAGAAGGAAGGACCGACGGUUAGAUCCCUUCGCCGAAUCCACCGUGGACGGCAUUAUAGCGGGCACGGUUCACAUUCACGUGAUAUCCGCGCAAUUUCUGACCGACAAGAGGGUAGGCACGUACGUGGAAGUGGACAUGUACGGUUUACCGGCGGAUACAGUGCGAAAGAAAUUCCGCACAAAAAUCGUCCCGAACAACGGCAUCAAUCCCAUCUACGACGAGGAACCGUUUGUAUUCAAAAAAGUAGUUUUGCCUGAGUUUGCCUCGAUAAGAAUAGCCGCGUACGAGGACUCCGGGCGCCUAAUCGGUCACAGGGCUACUACCUGUAGUCGGACUAUGCCCAGGAUACCGACACAUCGCGUUAAGAACGGAAUGUGGACAACCGCUACCAUUGGCGAGUCUGUUUUUACACGUUAUCGUGAAGGACUACGUUCCCGACGGGCUCAGCGAGCUUGCGGAGGCUCUGGCGAACCCUAUCAAAUAUCAGAGCGAAGUAGAAAAGAGAGCGGAGCAGUUGUCGGUUCUCACAGACUGUCUGGAAACACCAUCAGAGGAAACGAGCGAAGUACGAUCUUGAAACAUCACCGGGGGCGUGUUUUUUCCCACUUAUCCUCGCACUUACUAACAGUUUAAUUGUC